AUGGAUCGCCUCCCGGCCGAGCUCAUCCAUCGCAUCGCCUACGCGAGCUCGGAUGCCAAGACUGUUGUCGCCCUCGCUACCACCUGCCGCUCCUUUCACGCCAUUCUCCUUGGCUCGCCGUAUCUCCGUAACAAAGCCGCUGCGCUCAUGGGCGCGUGUAGAUGCGGGCGACUGGGGCUCUAUUCCGCCGCCGCCCGCGCCCUCCGUCACAUCGAUGGUUCGCCCGACUCGGCGGCAACGCUCAUCGCCGAGUGCAUCUCGGAGCGAGGCCCCAUCGAUCCGGGCUGGCUCGACCUUGUCGCCGCCGCCGCCGACCUCUUUGCCUCUGGCCCUGCCGUCUCGGAGCGGAGCUUCUCGUUCCUUGUCCUGGAGAUGAUGAGCUGGGGCAUCGAGUCCGAGGUGAGCACCAUCGUUACGGCCAUGACGCCGCAUCUUGUUCCCCAGACCGCCUACAACCUUCUCCUCACCGCCGCCAGCCUGGGCUCUCCCAGCGGCAUCUAUGCUACGCUUCCUCUGGCUGCUCUCCCGGCCGCCGGCGACGAUGCGGGCGACGAGCGGAUGCUGGUCUCGCGUAAGCAACUCGAGAUGGCGCUACGGGUGGCGGCGGAGGGCUCGUCGGAGGAGGUUGCGCUGGUCUUGCUGGAUGCUUGCCUUCUCACGCUCUCACCCGCAGAGUGUACGCGGGUGCUGGCGGCGGCGGCUGGGUCGGACAUGUCGGAGGUCGUCGCCAUUCUGCUAGAGGACGGGAGGGCGGACCCGACGUACAUCGACAGCGCACCACUGCAGGUGGCGGCCGAACGCGGCUUUGUCGAGAUUGUGGAUUUGUUUCUGGCAGACUGUCGGGCUGACCCGGCGGCGGACGAGUCGGCGUCGCUGCGGUGGGCGACGCGGCGUGGGCACGUUGCUGUUGUCGCCGCCCUCAUUGCCGACGGCGCUUGCGUCUGCGAUUGA